UAGGACACAUUAAGAGGUGACACGUUCCCAUGUCGAAGGAGGUUAAUAAAGCUUCAGAUGAAGACCUACGUGAGCCUUCUCUAUGCACGUCCACACAUCAUAGCACAUGGUGUCAGAAGUUAAGAAGCCCGUCUCAGGCAGAGAUCGGAGGACGAAGUCGGUGAGAAGCAGCAGUCUUUCCGCAAGCCGAAGUGAGAGACUAAGAGGCUAAGUGCUACCGGCUAAGUUAACGGCGCAACGAGAGGUCCGGAGGACAGCGCAACGAUGAUGGAUUCCCUGUUUUCAAUCAACCCACCUGAGAACUUUGAUUUUGGUGACUACUCGUCGUGGCCCAACUGGAUUCGCCGUUUCGAAAGGUUUCGUGUUGCGGCGGGACUAGACGGCAAAGAGGAAAGCUACCAAGUAAACGCUUUAGUGUACACAAUGGGUGAUAAAGCAGAUGAUAUUUUGAGCACGCUCGGGUUGAAAGACGAAGAGGUUAAAAAGUACUCGUGUGUGAAAGAAGCCUUUGAUAAACACUUUAUAGGCAAGCACAACGUGAUAUACGAGAGAGCACGUUUUAACAAAAAGUGUCAAGAACCAGGGGAAUCGGCUGAGUCCUUCAUUGCUUCAGUUUACAAGUUAGCAGAAAACUGCCAGUAUGGACCACUGCAGGACGAAAUGAUAAGAGAUAGGCUAGUGGUGGGCAUACAGCACCAGGGCCUGUCAGAAAAACUGCAGAUGGAUGGCGGAUUAACGCUGGAAAAAGCAGUGCUACAGAUAAGACAGCAUGAAGAGAUAAAGAAGCAGCAACCAGUCAUGAGGGAAACAAAUGUUAAGGACAUUAAGGAGGCAAAUGUGGACGCAUUAAAGUUUAAGAAAAAGACUUUUAAAGAGAACCAAGCACGAAAACCAUUUGAAACAAAGUGUCAGUUUCAAAACCAAAGGGGGAACAAGUACUGUGGACGCUGUGGCAAAUCACCUGCACACUCCAAAAAUGACUGUGCCGCCAGAGACGCAGAGUGCAGAAAAUGUCGAAAAAUGGGACAUUUUGCAGCUCAGUGCAGGUCAGGCAGAGUUGGAGCAGUCCUGGAGGAUGAGGACAACAUUUUGUUUUUAGGAACAGUUUCGGCAGGAGCACAGCCCACCAACUGGAAAAAGACACUGGAAGUAAAUGGCAAAAAUGUGACAUUCAAACUGGAUACAGGAGCUGACGUGACCGUGAUACCAGCUGCUAUCUACUCAAAAGGCAUCUAUGGCCCACUCACCAGAGCAGAGAAGCCCCUGUGUGGUCCGAGUGGUGAAACCCUGAAAGUGAAAGGUCAGUUUGAUGCUGUAAUAAAAUACAAAGACAAUGCAACAACACAGCCCAUUUAUGUCGUACAAAGAUUGUCUACACCUCUGUUAGGAUUUCCUGCAAUUUCAGCACUAGGCCUGCUGCAUCCUGUGGACAGUGUCAAGGAGCUAGAGGCUGACAUGAAAAAACUGUACCCCAAGGUCUUUACAGGACUGGGCCUCCUAAAAGGAGAGUACAAAAUAAAGCUGAAAGAAGAUGCCAGGCCCUAUGCACUGUCACUUCCGCGACGAGUCCCACUACCUUUAUAUGACAAGGUGAAGGCAGAACUCAAGAGAAUGGAGAAAAUGGGAGUGAUUGAGCCGAUUGAGGAACCUACAGAGUGGUGCGCAGGAAUGGUGGUGGCUCCUAAGCCCAAUGAAAAAGUCAGAAUCUGCUCAGACAUGACUCACCUGAACGAGUAUGUUUGCAGAGAGCGCCACAUCCUGCCUGCUGUCGAUGAAACAUUGGCAAAGUUAGCAGGAGCAACAGUCUUCACAAAACUGGAUGCCACAGCUGGAUUUUGGCAGGUGCCUCUACAUCCAGACUCAGUUCCGCUGACGACUUUUAUAACACCGUUUGGAAGAUACUGCUACAAAAGGUUGCCAUUCGGAAUAUCGUCAGCACCGGAACAUUUUCAAAAGAGACUCACUCAGAUGAUGACAGGACUGGAGGGAACUGUGUGUCACGCAGAUGACAUACUGGUUUUCGGAUCCACCAGAGAACAGCACGAUCAAAGACUGCAAAGAGUGCUGGAGCGGCUCCAGCAGGAAGGGCUGACUCUCAACAACGAUAAGUGUCAGUUUGCAGUAGUAAAAGUCAUGUUCCUGGGUCACAUCGUGACAGCACAGGGCAUUGAAGCGGACCCUGGCAAAAUCAAAGCGAUUAUGGAGAUGCCUACACCUAAAGAUACUGCAGAUGUAAAGAGGUUUGUGGGCAUGGUGAACUAUGUCGGAAAGUUUUCCCCACGUGUUGCUGAGCUCACACAGCCACUAAGAGAGCUCCUCAAAGCAGACACCGCUUGGGAAUGGGGGGCAGCACAACAGCGCGCCUUUGAUGAACUUCGACAAGAACUGAGCUCACCCACUGUCCUGGCUCAGUACUGUUUAAACAGAGAGACAAAAGUUGCUGCGGACGCAUCCUCUUUUGGGCUAGGAGGAGUUUUGUCACAAAAACAACCAACUGGUGACUGGCGACCUGUGGCUUUUAUUUCACGCAGCAUGACAAACGCAGAGCGCAGAUAUGCCCAAAUAGAGAAAGAGGCACUUGCGCUGACUUGGGCGUGUGAACGAUUUCAGUCUUACCUGGUAGGGAUGGACUUUUUGAUCCAGACAGAUCAUAAGCCUCUUAUUUCUCUACUAGGCGGCAGAGCUCUUGAUGACUUGCCACCUCGUAUUCUCAGAUUCAGAUUACGACUACUUCGCUUCACAUAUACAAUCGAACACGUUCCGGGAAAGAACUUAAUCACAGCUGAUGCAUUGUCCAGAGCACCCAUCCAAGCUCCGCCCACGAUGGAGGACAAGCAGUUGGAAGAAGAUGUAUGCGUGUCUGUCAACCAGAUUUUGCAACAGCUGCCAGCAACAGAAAGUAAGCUUGCACAAAUCAGACAGGCACAGGAAAAGGACUAUACAUGCAGAAAACUCAAACAGUUGAUCCAAACCGGGUGGCCGACCAGCAGGAAAGCUCUCCCACCAGAACUUCAAGAGUAUUGGCAGUACCACCAAGACCUGCUUGUUGCAGAUGGGCUAUUGAUGAAAAGUGAAAGGCUUGUUAUUCCAGCCAGCAUGCAGGAAGAAAUGCUUAACAUUAUACAUGAAGGUCACCAGGGCAUGACAAAAUGCAUCGCGAGAGCACAGCAGUCCAUAUGGUGGCCUGGUUUAACCAAAAGGAUCAAGCUCAAAGUUGAAAACUGCCCAGUGUGUGCGCGGGAGGUUCACAACGUACCAGAGCCUCUCCUCACGACAGAACCACCUAACAGACCAUGGCAGCGUGUGGCAGCAGAUCUUUUCCAGUGGAAUCGUGCCAUGUACCUGUUAGUAAUAGACUAUUUUUCCCGAUACAUUGAAGUGGCCAAUCUUACCUCAACUACUGCGGUCUCAGUGAUUAACAAGAUGAAAGCGAUUUUUGCACGGCACGGGGUCCCGGAAACUCUUGUCACAGAUAACGGCCCCCAAUUUUCAGCAGCAGAAUUUGCGGCAUUUGCAAGGGACUAUGAUUUCAACCACGUGACUUCAAGUCCCCACUACCCUCAGAGUAAUGGGGAAGCGGAGAGGGCUGUGAGGACUGUCAAAUCUCUCCUGAAGAAGGGGGAGGAUCCACACAAGGCUCUCAUGGCGUACAGGGCCACACCCUUGGCUCAUGGCUCGUCACCUGCACAGUUGCUGAUGGGUCGUAACAUCAGGACACCGCUGCCCGUCAGUCAGGAGAAACUUCAACCAAAAUGGCCAGAUCUUCGACUAUUCCGGAGCAAAGACCAGGAUCAGAAACACAAACAAGCUAUCUGGUUCAACAAGAGACACAAAACACAAAUAAAACAAGAGCUCACACCAGGACAAAAGGUCUGGGUGAAGAACACCAACGACGCAGGAACAAUCAGCAGUCCAGCCAACACCCCGAGGUCAUACAACAUUGACAUGCCGUCGGGACAUCUCAGGAGAAACAGAUCUCACAUCAGAGUGAUUCCUGAGGGUGCCACAGUCACAAGAUCGGGGCGAGUUGUUCGCACUCCGCAGAGACUGGACUUAUGAUAAUAAGAUAGGACGCUGUGGUCCACAGGGCAGAAUAAUCCCUGCACAGCUUUGGGGGACCCAGGCAGUCACACCUGACCCCUAGACAGGUUCUGUGUCAUGUUUGUUAAAAAUGUUUAUUAGAAUUGUGACACUGUUAAAAGAAAAAAAAAGAGGAAAGAAAAGGGAAGGUUGGUGCAAUUUUGGCAUGAUGUAAAAGCACUUAAAUGUUUAUUGAAUUUCAUGUCUCAAUGUUUAUUAUUAAUGUUACAGAAACAAGAAGAGCUAAAUAAUAAGAAAAGGGUUCUGUGAAAAAUAAAUAGAAAUAUACACUCUAAGCUAAAGGGGGGAGAUGUACUGGAAGCAGUUAGAUAGGAACUAACGUGAUGCGUAUCCGGUAGGACACAUUAAGAGGUGACACGUUCCCAUGUCGAAGGAGGUUAAUAAAGCUUCAGAUGAAGACCUACGUGAGCCUUCUCUAUGCACGUCCACACAUCAUAGCACAAUAAUUAUUACAUUUUCUGAAAAAGAAAGUAAAAAGGCAGUAACACGCCCCAAAUCGCGUGGAGACAUUGAAGUUUGUCCCAUUGGUCUUGCCGUACCACUUACUUACUGUGGCUGAGACACUACUGCAUGAAAUCAUCUGACAUCAACUGGCUUCCUUCAGGACUCAAGUAAAGAAUUUGGACAUUUCCAAAUAUAAUUAUAACGAAGUACGUUGUACGGUCAGUUAUUGGUGUUUUUUUGCUGUACACUUCGUACACAGUCACCGUUGAUUGUGUGAAAUUGCGAAACUCGUUUUUUUUUAAACAUACUUAUGGUUUGACGUAAUCAGUAGCGACAUAGAAUUUUCUAUUUUGAUUUAAAUGCAACACUUUUACUCCAAGUCCUUGUAUGUGUUGGAUCCUGACGGUGGACUUGGUGGGUGAACCGAAGAAGUGAAACAUCUAAUGAAGACACACUGCCAGAAGAGUCCAGUGAUGCUGUGAAAAUCAUGGAGGGCUGCAACUAGUGGAGGGAAAGUGGCUGACAUGAUUGUUG